UUUGGUGAUGAUGACGAAGCGAUCACAGCGCUCCAAGCGCCUGCGCAGUGGAAGCUUCCAGUGCUUUGGGUUGGGAGUGACGUCAAUGAUCAAAGUAAAACAUACGUGUCCCAAAACUGAGAGCGUCUAAAAGACGAGCUGUGUUUGCAGAUUUUAGCGUUCUACGCCGUUGCCUAUUGUAACACGCCUAUUGUUUUGAAGGACAUAGUCUAAAUUUUAAGUGCUCGUCAUGGCACCGACCGUCGAGUCCUUCUUCAGGUCUUUCGGGACAAAUUUGGAAGCACCUGUCAAGCAACACUUGCGCAAUGUUUAUGCGUGUCUCACCAUGUCAACUAUCUCUGCUGCUGCUGGUGCAUAUGUGCACAUGUUCACUCAAUGGAUGUCUGGUGGACUUUUAACUGUACUAGCUUCCACAGCACUUAUUGUACUACUGCUGUCUACCCCAGACACAGGCAAAAAUCGUCAGCUUCGCCUGUCAUACCUCCUGGGAUUUGCCUUCUUCUCAGGCAUGGGCAUGGGACCUCUCUUAGAUAUGGUUGUACGAGUUAAUCCCAGCAUCAUUGUUACUGCUCUCAUGAGCACUGCAGUUGUCUUUGUUUCGUUCUCUGCCUCUGCUCUUCUUGCGAGUCGUGGAUCAUGGUUGUACCUGGGAGGGACUCUGAUGACAAUGCUCAGCUCCAUGCUGAUGUUUUCUCUGAUGAAUAUAUUUUUCCAGUCCUAUCUCCUUUAUCAGGCCCAUGUCUACCUAGGUUUGCUUCUCAUGUGCGGAUUUGUCUUGUACGAUACCCAAUUGAUUAUGGAAAAAAGACGAAUGGGUGAUAAGGACUUUGUUGCUCAUUCUUUGGAUCUCUUCAUCGACCUCAUUGGCAUAUUCCGACGCCUUCUCAUCAUUUUGACUGACAAAGAGCAGCAGAAGAAGAACAGGAGAGAGUAAAUCAUCAGUGGACGAUUGCAGUGAUAAGUGUGCCAACUGCAGAUACUGUACCUGCAUAGCAACUUUUGGUGAAAAGGGAAAGGAAAAUUAUUGGUUUCAUCUUUCAGUUACGCCUGACCAAUCAGGACAUCUGAAUUUAAUAAAUCCAACGUAUAAUAUUGAAUGCAAAGCACCAAUAUUUUGGUAGCUUCUUGGGUCAUAUAAGGGUACAAAUCUGUUGCAUUCAAUGUGUUACUACAUUGUUUUAUCUGUGAGAAAUUUGCUUUUUUUCUUUUUUUGAUUUCUUUAAAAUGCUCAUUAUAUUGGUUAAGAGCUAUGAGAAAUCACAUUUUAAUUAUUGUUUUUGUAAUUCCUGUUAACUGAAGGUAAAGCAAAGAAACCUUUAAAGUCAUUUUGUUGCAGAGUUGAACAUCACACACCAAAUGUACUUGGUUCAUUUUUAACAUGGAACUGUUUCUGCGCUGGUGCAAGAAACUCUAAGUUGAGACUGAGAAUUAAGCCAUUGGACCUCUCACUUGUUUCCACUAAUGGGCAUUUUGUGUCAAUUUUAAUCAUGCUUGGUGCAUCUAUCAUAAAAGUUUCUUUCAGAGAACUUAAUGAAAGGAAUAUGUACCUUCAUAUUUUUGAGCACAGUUUGCCAGCUAAGUAAAAGAUUUAUUUUUAUUUUUUGUUUUGUUAGAAUCCCAAAGAAAUGUAGCUCAAGUGUACUUUUGUCUUUUGAAACAUGUCCUCCUAGUGUUCUGAAAAAUUCAAACUCUGCCCUGUGACAUUAUUUGUUUUUUCUUUGUGUUUCCUUGAAUUGUUUGAUUGUGAUUUAUGUACAUCAUCGUACUAUUGUUGCCCACUUGUUUGUAAUUCACAUUAUUUGUGUUAUUUUGUUUGGUUUUCAAAACAAUCCAUUCCUCAUCUUAAUGUAGUUUCCUCUCUGUGUGGCCCAAAACCAUCUGGGGAAAAUGGCUAUUUGUAUUUAUUCAUCAAGAACAAUAAGGUAGUUCUUUGGAGAUAUUUUCAUGAUUGGUUUUUCUUUAGACUUGUGUUAUUUGCUCAUGACAAGCAGGUUGCAUUUGUCAGAAAAAAAUGUUUUAUUUUUGUAACAGCCAAGUGUGCUUCUGUUAGUAGUGAGAUAACUCUGCCUUCAAACUUUAGGGAAAUGGCAAGUCUACUUUUUUUACUGCUGUGUUUUGGUGAAGUGCAAGCUCUUGUUUUUUUCCCUGUUAUUUUGUGGUAGUGGGGCAACAGAAUGUGAUAGCACUUGCGUUGGUGAUCUAGCCAUGUCAUGUACAGCAUUCUUAGUGCUAUGUCAUUAGAUCAUUUCAUUCAUCUGAAAGUAUUCUUGUUUGGUCCCUCUGAGUGGUGAAUGUAAAUUUAACUCUAAAAUGUAAUUACCACUGUACUUCUUCAACCAGAAGGAAUAUUAAGUGUGUGUUUAUUAAAAUAGUUCUAUAAAAAAAAAAAAAA